UUUUGCGGUCCUCCCAGCCACCAGGGGGAGACAAACUCUCUUCCGGCGGCUUUCACAAGAACUUCCGUCUGCCUCAUGUAAACAGUGUUGGUUCUGUUGGGUAUGUCCGCCUCAAGGUUACCGCCGGCUGCUCUCUCUCUGAAGCAGUUCCUGCAGAGGCAGAAGGUCCUGCAUAUCUACAGGAGCAUGCUGAGGACGAUCCGACAGGUGCCAGACGAGGCAGACAGGAGGUACCUGAGGGACUGGGCCCGCGAGGAGUUCAGGAGGAACAAGGAGGCCACGAACCAGGACGCGAUCCGCAUGAUGAUCACUCAGGCCAGGAACCAUCUGGAGGAGCUGCAGAAGUCCUUAGCGCUGGCUCAAAGUUGACAUCUGAGGAAGGUUCUGGGAGGAGACCUGAGAGGGUCAGAGCGGACCGUCUGGACAGAGAACCUCGAUGAGGGUCUGGAGGCUUCAUCGUUGGAGUCAGAAUCCUCUGCUCUCUCACUAGAGUCAAACCACAGACACUGCAGAGACGAUUCUUUAAUAGAAAACAGCUUCCUGGGAGGAAGAGUGCGUCAAGAUCCAAACACACCGGUUCUAGUAAUACUGCAGCACUGCUCAGCUUCAUGUGUGUGAUGGAGAACGGCUGCAGCAGCUAUACCAUCAUUAGCUUUCUCUGCUGCACAAGAGUCACAGUAAAACAUUUGAGUUUCUCUGUAACCUUUUGUUUGACUGAACAUUAUUUUAAACGUUUCCAAAGAAUAAAAUUCCUUCUAAAAAGGAAGAACACA